AUGGCGGGCGCAGGGGCGCUAAGCCGAACACCUGGGAUGUCGGGCCCCACGGAGUCCGAGGACACCUGCGGCUGGCGCUGCCCAGAGCACAGCGACCGCGUGGCCGAGCUCUUUUGUCGCCGCUGCCGGCAGUGCGUGUGCGCGCUUUGCCCCGUGCUGGGCGCGCACCGGGGCCACCCGGUGGGCCUGGCUUUGGAAGAGGCGGCGCACGUGAAGAAACUCACCCAAGAAUAUUUAAAGCAGCUGACAACCAAGAAGCAGCAGCAAGUUGGCAACAGAAACCAGAUAGAAGAUGCUGCUGAGCAGCUCAAGGCUCAUGCAGAGUCAAGUAAAACCUGGCUGACGGGGAAAUUCACUGAACUCAGAUUACUACUUGAUGAAGAAGAAGUGCUGGCCAAGAAAUUCAUUGAUAAAAAUACCCAGUUUGCCCUCCAGGCAUAUGGGGAUCAAAUCAGAUCUUGUGAGGACCAAAUUGACAUCUUGAGCAGUCUCUCCAACAGGGUCUGCAGUAUCAGCCAGGAGACCGAUCCUGUACAGCUGCUGCAGGUCUUCACAGCCACUGAGCAGGAGCUGAAGCAGCAGAUGAGCUUGGGGGAGAUGUGCCACCCCGUGCCCCAAUCCUUUGAGCCCAUCAAGACCUUCUUCAAGGGCCUUGUGGAAGCCAUGCAGAGGGUGAUACAGACACCACUAGAGGUUCGCUUAAAGGAAAACAUGAACUGCCGGCUCUCCAGCUUCUCUAGUACCAAGCUGGACUCCUUGUUGAAAAUCAGUCCCUCACCAGAGCGAUCGCUCUUCUUGAAAUAUGCGCGCACGCCCACGCUGGACCCGGACACGAUGCACCCGCGCCUGCGCCUCUCGGCCGACUGCCUGACGGUGCACCGCGCUCUGCUCAGCCGCCUGGGCUCCUCGGCCUCGCUGCGGUUCGACGCGCUGUGGCAGCUGCUGAGCCGCGACUGCUUUGCCGCCGGCCGCCACUACUGGGAAGUGGACGUGCAGGAGGCGGGCUGCGGCUGGUGGGUGGGCGCGGCCUACGCCUCCCUGCGGCGUCGAGGGUCCUCGGCCGCCGCCCGCCUGGGCUGCAACCGCCAGUCCUGGUGCCUCAAGCGCUACGAUCUCGAGUACUGGGCCUUCCACGACAGCCAGCGCAGCCGUCUGUGGCCCCGCGACGACCCCGACCGGCUGGGCGUCUUCCUGGAUUACGAGGCCGGCGUCCUCGCCUUCUACGACGUGUCCGACGGCAUGAGGCACCUCCACACCUUCCGUGCCGCGUUCCAGGAGCCGCUGUAUCCUGCCCUGCGGCUCUGGGAUGGGGCCAUCCGCAUCCCCCGGCUGCCCUAGGGGCUGAGACUGGAGUGACCGCCCGUAGGCUCUCCCGGACUCUGGUCACAGACGUGAGUGGUCCACUGCCUACUCUCUGAGCACACUCAUCGUCUCCCCCACCGGUCACACUUGUGCUCUAACAGUUCCUCUCUCGGGCUGGUUUCCAACAUGCCUUAAACAUAGGUCCUCUGCUGCUGCUCUCUCAUAAGACCUCCCCACCACCACCAGAGCACUUAAGCAACACUGUUUUUAGUCCAAGUUCCCAAAAGGACAUUUGCAGGUGAGCGCUGAGCAUCCUAACCAAUCACAGUACAUUAUCCUUAGCCUGAGACUUCCUCCUUCAUACAGAAGCCAAACCGCUUGGCACAUAGUAGGUGC